AUGAAGUACAUUCUUUUAACCACUAUCUUUGCCGCUGCUUGCGCAGCUGGACCUCUGGCUGAAGUCAGGGAUCUAACUGGCACGCCGGAGAACACCCUGACCUACGUCGACAUUGCUCCGGUUGAGUUGGAACCGCGGAACGCGGACUUGAACUUGACGGAUCUUGUCACUAGGGAUACUCUCCCUAACACCGCAUGCCCGGCUGGACAGACAUAUGACCGCUCGGUCUGCUUCAAGUCCAACAUCAUCCGCAGCUUCUGCGUUGCCAAUCCUCGCAGCAACCGCGAGAAGAUUACGGACACCCCCUGCGGCGCCAACGAAAUCUGUGUUCAGCGUCGUCUCCUCUCCAACGGCAAGAGCUACGCCAAGUGCAUUCCCGUCCUCGACCUUGUCUUGUGGAAGACCAGCCCGGACGGAAACAAGGAAGGCUGCACCACCACCACGGUCAAGAGUGGAGGAAACCAUCACAUUGGAACAAUCGUCUACGACGUGAACCGCAACCCAAUUCAAGUCGACAAGAUCCGUUAUCUCGGAGAGCCUGGCGAAGUUGAUGAGGGAAUUGGCGGAUCAACCCCAUUCUUCAGCAGCAACCUUUUCAGCUUUGCUGGAGGCCAUUACCUCAAGACUUGCGUUUUCGCCGGUGGCUUCGGAAACCUGAACGCAUACUCCUGGGCUUGGUCUUAA